AGAGCCAUGGCAUUCAAGGUCCUAUCUGUACCCAGGACAGUGCUCUUUGCUGCUGUUCUCCUCCUGGUCCACUGGUCAUGUAAAGUGAAUUGCGAAACCGGAGAUUGCAGACAGCAAGAAUUCAAGGAUCAAUCUGGAAACUGUGUCCUCUGCAAACAGUGUGGACCUGGCAUGGAGUUGUCCAAGGAAUGUGGCUUCGGCUACGGGGAGGAUGCAGAGUGUGUGCCCUGCAGGCUGCACAGGUUCAAGGAAGACUGGGGCUUCCAGAAGUGUAAGCCCUGUGUGGACUGUGCACUGGUGAACCGCUUCCAGAGGGCCAACUGCUCACACACCAGCGAUGCUGUCUGCGGGGACUGCUUGCCGGGAUUCUACCGGAAGACCAAACUGGUUGGUUUUCAAGACAUGGAGUGUGUGCCCUGCGGAGACCCACCUCCUCCCUAUGAACCACACUGUACCAGCAAGGUAAAUCUGGUGAAGAUCUCAUCGACCGUCUCCAGCCCUCGGGACACGGCCCUGGCUGCAGUCAUCUGCAGUGCUCUGGCCACGGUGUUGCUAGCCCUGCUCAUCCUGUGCGUCAUCUACUGCAAGAGGCAGUUCAUGGAGAAGAAGCCCAGCUGGUCUCUGCGGUCACAGGACAUUCAGUACAAUGGCUCUGAGCUGUCAUGCUUUGACCAGCCUCGGCUCCGCCACUGUGCCCAUAGAGCGUGUUGUCCGUAUCACCGGGACUCAGCCCCGACAUAUGGGCCUGUUCACCUGAUUCCGUCCUUGUGCUGCGAGGAGGCCCGAAGCUCUACCCGAGCUGUGCUUGGCUGUGGGCUGCAUUCUCCGGCUACCCUUCAGGAGAGAAAUGCAGCUUCUGUGGGGGACACGAUGCCAGCUUUCUUCGGGUCUGUUUCCCGUUCCGUCUGCGCUGAGUUUUCUGAUGCCUGGCCUCUGAUGCAGAAUCCUCUGGGCGGGGACAGCUCUCUCUGUGACUCUUAUCCUGAACUCACUGGAGAAGAUAUCAAUUCCCUCAAUCCGGAAAAUGAAAGCUCAACAUCUCUGGAUUCCAGUGGUGGCCAGGAUCUAGCUGGGACAGCUGCUCCAGAGUCUUCUGGAAAUGCUUCAGAAACUACUUACUCACCUAGAUAUGGUGAGAUUGAUACGGCCUGGGAGCAGACCCUACCUCAGGAUGCUCAAAGGACUCCAAGCCGAGGUGGCUGGGAAGGCAGUGGAAGCCUGAGUCUAGCCACGCCCACAGCCCUCCAGGAUGCCUGAAGGCCAUCUUCCUGAUGUGGAGGUGUAGGUCUGGACACUCCUGUAGUGAGACCUACGGACUAAGCAGUCUUGACCUUAUGGUGUCUGGAAGCAAAAAUAACUCUGAACCAAACUGGCAUCAUUUCCAUCCUUUCAGCCACUCGCUUCUGAGCCAGACCAGCUGUAAGCUGAAACCCCAGCGAGAAGCAAGGAGAGACUGGAGGCGGCCUCUGGACCUGCACACUUCCCCUAACCGAGAACCUUAGCUGGGGCCGAUUUGAAGGACCCAUGGGUGGAAUGUGCUGCCUGUGAGAUUGUGGGCACGGCAGGACCCAGCCUGGCUCCUUCUUACGUUCAUGGUGAAUGUGGUUUCACAGACCCAGAGUAUAAACUUUCAUAGACAUUCUCUUUUAGAAAUACUCCAUUACCCUGUGAAAAAGCCUUAGUAGAUGACUUUUUUAGAUUUUAGGCAGAGCUCUGGGGGGGUUUCUGUUGAGGAAAGGCACUUUCUAAUCAGCAGAAUGGUAUACUUCGGUGGUUUGAAGGGGCUUCAUAGCCCUGCCUGAACUGUAGUUUGGUGACGUCGACCGGCCUAUCUGUUACGAACAGUUCCUUUGGUCUCCACCCCAUAAAUGUACAACAGCAUUGACAGGAGGGAGGCCUGGGUUAUUGAAAGUGACUGUGAAUGUGGUUAAGAAUGUAGCAGGUGAGAGGGGAGCUACAAGGGGAGAGCGCAUCACGGUAAAGUGUGAACACCUACUGUGCAUAUCCCGAAGCCUGACUGUGAGUGUUCAGACUGGCGACUGUGGAUGCUUGUGAUAGUGUUGCCCUGUCCUGAGCUUCCAAGGCCCAUAUUUCUUAUAUAGAACGGAGAUAUUGAGUAUUGUAAUCCGUGAUCUAGACCUGAGCUUACACAAAAGGCUUCAGCACACCGAGCGCACUUCUAAAGAACCUUUCAGUGAGAACACAAUGCAUGGAGAAGCAUGGUUGGCCCAGUUUGGGAGGACAGGGUCCCUGGUGCCAUCUAGUCUAACCACGGCUUUGUAGGGGUGCCGUGUAAGGUAUUCCCUCUUCUUCCAUGACGGCAUUUACCUUCCAGAACAAUCUCUAAGGCUAAGGAAGAGGUGGGCCUCGUUUUCUCUUCCUCCUUUGCCCUGUGGCUUCACUGAGCAGGCUAUCCUUGGUUUCCAGUUUGAACUCACAUGAGCAGAUCUGACCUCAGCCUCUCAACCCUCUGCCAUUGCUCUGUCCAGUUCACACUUUAAAAGAAGCCCAGUCUGUGAGCAUUAGUGUUGGGGAAUUCACUAGUCUAUUUGUUCUGAAGCUGUCCUGUUUAAUUCGGGCUCGUUUACCAAACAUCGAGACACUAUCUUCCUAGACUUUUUAUUUUUAUCUUCUGUUUAUCCCCAUGGUUUUCCCUCAUUGUAAGACAUGGGUAGAUUUAAUGAGCCCUCUUCCUGUAGCCUCUCUCUAUUCCUAAUUAUAGUUUUUUGGUGUGUGUCUUCUAGUUUGUCCAUAUCUAUUGCUUCUCAUGCCAUCUGUUCUUUUACCAGAUGUAGGAAGAACACUAGCAUUGAGUGUCCUGUGGUAGCCCACACCUGCUUUUAUGUCCCUAUGGUACCCAGUCAUAACCUAUGUCAUUUUUGUUUGUCCCCAACCAUUAUUGUGAGAACUGACUUUAGGGAAGUCAUAAAGUAUUUGGGAUUUAAGCAGCAGACGUCCAUGAGGGUGCAAGCUGAGCUCCCCUGAGAGGCCUCCUCCUCGUGCACAUGUGUGUGUCAUUGCUUGCAACCCAAUCAUCUCUGUUAUGACAGGGAUGAUCAAAGCCAGCAGGGUUGUGUUCCUUUGUGUAACCUGAAGAUAUUUUCCACAUGCUGAGCCCUGAUGGACUUCAAAGACAGGCACAGCUGGGGAAAGCCAGACUGACGGAAGGGAGACUCUGGCCCCAAAUCCUGAAACAUCACUUUUAAUCAGAAGAGAAAUCCUGAGGGUUAAAAAUUGAUUUCAUUUGAUACUGCAUUUGAAAGAUCCUGGAUUAUCAUCAAAAAGGAGACAUCCUUCCACUACACACUCUAGAAAUGUGCAAUGGUGUUUUACAUUUCACAGUCUUUGCAAACAAGAGGGAAAAACUACAACCUUCACUUCACAUUAUUAGAACGUCUUACAUAGGAGCUGGCAUUCUGAUAUCAGACACUGGUAUAGAGAACCAUCUAAGCAUAGAGGGAACCAGUGCCACCUUUUCCAUGGCAGAAGCCAGGACAAGAUGGAGACAAGGACUUUUGAAGCAGUCAGGUCAAGUCAUGUAUUUUCUAUUUUGAAUAUAUGGAAUAUAUUUUGAAUUGUGGGAUUUUCUACUUUAAAGAGUUACUGCUGCUGUUACUUAGUAUAAGUACUGCUGUCUGUGUUAAAAGAAAAAGAACAGAAAAGGAAAGAGAAACAAUC